GAACAUAGAUACCUUGUUAUCUUUUAAUAUUAUGCCUAAAUCAAACGAAUUCAUUUACACACAAAGUUUCGCAAUUUUUUGUGCUUAAUGCGAAGAUUAAUGUAAAUAAUACCGCUCAUACCCAGCUUCUGGGUUGGUUCAUAUAAUGUGUACAUAUUUAUACAUAUAGUAUAUCAUAAUGCCAAUCACUUGCGAAGACUCUGGCUUUGAUACCGGUAUUGUUCACCAGGUGAACAAUAUAGUGGUUGAUAAUAUGCCUCCGGGUUUAGAAGGACAAAUGCAAGAUAUAGAACUCAAUUCUAACGAUUUAGUUUUGAAUACACAUUUGAAUUUUUUAAAAUCCUUCUUUGAUAUUUCACAAGGUGAGUAUAAGGAUAGAUGUAAAGCGGCGCUUUUCCCUUACAUAUGCCUCAAUUUAAGAUGCUUAAAAUGGCUAAAAGAUGUUACUAGUACUCUGAAUAAAAGGAUUGGAAACAGAAAUAAUAAUGCAGAUGAUAUGCCAGUGGAAACUCAAGGUGGAAUUUCGGCAGAGUCGGAGAGCAAAGAUCCGAAUGCUACCAUAAUAGAUUUGGAGAUAACCUCCGAAGAAAAACAGAAUAAGCAAGAAGAUAGAAGCGUUGGUGCAGGGUUUUAUAGUGUGAACGACCUAUCCUUUGAUUCAUUUGCAAAUAAUGUAGACAAAGCAUCACAUAUUUACAAUACAUUGACAUCUAUACGGGAUAAACCCGAUUUGUACGGACCGUUUUGGAUUAAUAUCUUCACAGCAGGGUCUCUUUUUUAUGUUAACUCUUUUCACAAAGUGUUUCACUCUGCCUAUCCAGUAUCUUUUGUAUCAAUUGGAACCCUGAUGAAGCUGACCAUGAUAUGCUUUUCUUGCACUACAUUAAUGGCAUUGAGUAUGUUCUUAUGCAAGUAUCAUUUUCUAAGAACUAGUGACUUAAAAGGUUUAGUGGGAUUUCUGGGUAUUAGUGGCUAUACUCAGAUCCCUUUAGCUGCGUUAUGUAAAAUAUCUGUAUGGAUGAGUUUGGCCAUGGUUUGUUUCCCUUCUCUUAAGCAUAUCUUGUACGCUUUACAUUUAAUGGCUUAUUUUUAUCUGUUCGUUUCAACAUCUUGUACUAUUUUUGUAACAUUACCUCCCUUGGAUUUAUCGCAGCAUGAUAAGACGUUUCGAAUUGCUAGUAUGGCACUUAGCUCCAUAAUACAACUCGUAUUUCUUGCAAUAUUUCAAUCUUACACACACUAA